AUGAGUUUUGGUGUUAAAUGGAGAGCGUGGAUCAAAGGGUGCCUCUGUACGGCAUCGGUAGCGGUUCUCAUUAACGGGUCCCCAACUCGUGAAUUCCCUCUAGGAAGGGGAGUAAGGCAAGGAGAUCCCCUGGCCCCACUCCUCUUCAUUCUCGCUGCCGAAGCACUUAAUAUCAUCAUAUCGGAGGCCCCUCGGAAAGGUAUUUUCAGAGGUAUCAAACUUCCUAACUCCGGACCUGAAAUAUCGAUUUUGCAAUUUGCUAAUGAUGUCUUGAUCAUGGGUGAAUGGACGAGAACGAACGCCACUAAUCUGAUUCAGCUGCUGCGUUGCUUCCAACUAUCUUCGGGGCUGAAGGUAAAUAUGCAGAAGAGUAAUAUCAUGGGUGUGGGGGCUGAUUACGAGGAAGUGGUAUCUGUCGCUAGUAGACUUCAUUGCAGACCUGGGCUUUUGCCUUUUACGUACCUUGGUUUGCCGAUUGGUGGACGCUCCAACAAAGCUGAAUCUUGGGCGMCUUUAAUUGAAAAUUUUAACAAAAAAUUAUCAGCUUGGAAAUCCAAAAUUCUCUCUCAUGGUGGUCGGCUUGUCUUGGUCAAAUCCRUCUUAGGAAGUUUGGGCCUGCACUAUCUCUCGCUUCUUAAGGCCCCUACCUCGAUCAUCAACAAACUGGAAUYUAUUCGCUCGAGGUUCUUUUGGGGCGAUAAAGGAGGAGUGAGAAAGAUUUCAUGGAUCAGUUGGAGUACCACGUUGGCGGAUAAAGAUGCUGGCGGUUUGGGGAUCGGUAGUCUAAGAGCCCUCAAUCUGGCGYUUCUCGCUAGGUGGUGGUGGCGAUUCAAAUUGGAGCAUAAUCACAUAUGGAGACGGGUUAUCAUUGCUCUCCAUAGUGAAGAUGGCGGCAUGAACAACUUGGCCAGAAACGGCAGAUUUCCGGGGCUCUGGAGGAACAUUUUAAAAAUCCACAAGGAAUACAAUAGCCUCAAUCUUCCUUUCGCGGACUGGUUUCAAAGAGAUCAAAGCUCUAACGGGAUCGAUAUCUCAUGGCGAUGGGCUCUGACUUCUCACGGUAACUUCUCAGUCUCCUCGAUGAGAGCUGCGUAUGAUGAUAUUUCGCUUCACCAGGUUAGUUUCAGAAAUUCUUGGUGGGUCAAUUGGGUUCCAUCUAAAAUUAAUAUUCUAUCUUGGCGUCUUCUUCACAAAAGGCUUCCGACUAAAAUUAAUCUUGCUAAAAGAGGAGUGGUUUGUCUCUCCUCCAUGUGCCCUCUGUGCGAAUGCGCGGAAGAAGACGAGGAACAUCUUUUCAUAGGAUGCUCGAUAUCUCAGCAAUUGCUAAAGGAUUUGUGCAAAUGGUGGAAAGUGGACAUAGGACAGGUGAAUUCGAUUGAUAAUCUUCUUGACCGUUGCUCGGAGGUGGCUGGGAAUUUUUCGUGUAAGAAGGCGUUUAUUGGAGUGGUGUAUGGAUUCUUCUGGAUUAUUUGGAACCUGUGCAACCGCAAAACUUUCUCAGUCCCUUCUCAGAUGAUGGCUACUUUUCUUGCAGGCCAACUUCAGGCGUAUUCUUUUUUCUGGUUUAAAAACAGGGUGCCGAAAGAUGUUAUGGCGAAUACUUGGAUAGAGUGGUGUAAUUCUCCCAUGUCUUGUUUUUAA